UAUCAUAAACCCCAGUAGCCUCUAUAAACCCUAAUAUUCCUUAUUAUUCACUUUUCUCUUCUUUCACCAAUCCCUCAAAAUAUCAAAUGGGCAGCAAUCAAGCAGCUGUUUCUUUUCUAACAAAUCUGGCACGCGCCGCUUUUGGAUUAGGCGCUGCAGCCACCGCAUUGAACGCCUCUCUUUACACCGUCGAUGGAGGCCAACGAGCGGUACUAUUCGAUAGAUUCCGUGGUGUGAUAGAUACCACAAUCGGUGAAGGAACCCAUUUCUUGAUUCCAUGGCUUCAAAAGCCUUUUAUCUUUGAUAUACGUACAAGGCCCCACACUUUCUCUUCUGUCUCUGGUACUAAGGAUCUUCAGAUGGUCAAUCUCACUCUCCGUGUGCUCUCUCGCCCUGAUGUAACAAGAUUGCCCUAUAUCUUUCAACACCUUGGUCUUGAAUAUGAUGAGAAGGUGCUUCCUUCAAUUGGAAAUGAGGUUUUGAAGGCUGUGGUUGCACAGUUCAAUGCUGAUCAGCUCCUUACAGAACGUCCCCAUGUGUCAGCGCUUGUUCGCGAAUCUCUCAUCAAGCGUGCUAAGGACUUUAACAUUGUGCUGGAUGAUGUGGCAAUCACUCACUUAUCUUAUGGAAUGGAGUUCUCAAGAGCUGUUGAACAGAAACAGGUGGCACAGCAAGAAGCUGAGAGAUCCAAGUUCAUUGUUAUGAAGGCUGAUCAGGAGAGGAGGGCAGCGAUUAUUAGGGCAGAAGGUGAGAGUGAAGCUGCCCACCUUAUCUCUAAUGCAACUUCAAAGGCUGGUAUGGGUCUAAUUGAGCUCAGGAGGAUUGAAGCAUCAAGGGAAGUUGCUUCAACUCUGGCAAAAUCGCCCAACGUUGCAUACCUUCCUGGUGGAAGCAACAUGCUUAUGGCUCUGAAUCCAAGCCGUUGAAUAGGGUAUUCUGGUGCAGCAUAAUGGCAUGGCCAUAUUGUGAAUUGCUGAAGUAGUGUUGGCUUUAUUGCUAGAAAUACUUUCUAUUUUACCAACCUUACAUAUGAGGAAUUUCUAAGAAUCAGAAGUUUUAGUGUUUAGGGAGGUCUUGAUGUUUAUGUUGAGGAGCAACCAACGGAUUUUGUUUAUCUUAGAACCAUGUUCUAUCUUUUCAUAACUCCAAAGAUCGAUUUCCACACUUGUAGUGUAUUAACUAUGUUUAAGUGAAUAGUGCUCGUCCCAUGGCGAUUAUUUGAUGGUUAAUAUGCUGGAGUUGUGUUGCCUUCUGCAAUAAUAUAUCUUACGAUAUGAUGAUUGAAUGUCAUCUGAAUAUGAUUAUUAAUUAUUUUAA